AAUUAUGACUUUAACCUCACCAUAAACAUUUAUCUCAAUUUGUUCGAUCGAAGCAGUUUUACAGUCACGUCAUCGUCCUCAACAAUGCCGAGCCGAUUUGGUGGAGCCGUGAGUCAGGACUGGGAGCCAGUUGUGCUCCAUAAGUCGAAGCCCAAGUCUCAGGAUCUUCGCGAUCCCAAGGCCGUGAAUCAAGCGCUGCGGUCAGGGGCAGCGGUGCAGACGAUCAAGAAAUUCGACGCCGGAUCCAACAAGAAAGCUGCGGGACCGGUGAUUUACGCCAGGAAGCUAGACGAAGCGGAAGAACCGGCUUCUCUGGACCGGGUCUCGACGGAUGUGAGGCAAGCGAUACAGAAGGCCCGGUUGGAGAAGAAGAUGAGUCAGGCAGAGUUGGCUAAGCUGAUAAACGAGCAGCUCAAGGUGGUUCAGGAGUACGAGAACGGGAAGGCGGUGCCGAACCAGGCCGUGUUGGCCAAGAUGGAAAGGGUUCUCGGGGUUAAAUUAAGAGGCAAGAAAUGAUUCCGCUGAACGACGUGGUAUUAAUGUCAGGGUGCUGUUGAUGUUGAUUUUUCCUGAUGGUUUUUUUUUAACGUAUGUGCUUUUUGUUGUUUGGAUUCUCA